CUGCAGCCUGUCCUCUCCCCACUGCAGCCUGUCACCAAUGCUCUCCCUGCCUUAUCCCUUCUCUCUCCGGAUACUGACAGUCCUCCACCUGUCACCGCCACCGUCCCCUCCCACUGCAGCCUCUCUGCCAGUCCGCCCUGCUGGUGUGGCCUGUCCUCAGAGCUCCUCCCCGCUCCUGGCAUGUCUGUGUACUGCUCUCUGUACUCUGCAGUCCGGUCCGCAGUCCGGUCUGUCUGCUGUAUGUCCGCAGUCUCUGGUCAUCCCCUGUACUGUGUCCGCAGUCUCUUGUCGUCCCCUGUACUGUGUCCGCAGUCUCUGGUCAUCCCCUGUACUAUGUCCGCAGUCUCUGGUCAUCUCCUGUACUGUGUCCGCAGUCUCUGGUCAUCUCCUGUACUAUGUCCUCAGUCUCUGGUCAUCUCAUGUACUGUGUCCGCAGUCUCUGGCCAUCCCCUGUACUGUCCGCAGUCUCUUGGUCAUCCCCUGUACUGUGUCCGCAGUCUCUGGUCAUUUCUUGUAGUACGUCCGCAGUCUCUUGGUCAUCCCCUGUACUGUGUGUGUCCACAGUCUCUUGGUCAUCCCCUAUACUGUCCGCAGUCUCUGGUCAUCUCCUG